AUGUUUGGUGGUGGUGGUUAUGAAGGUGGAGUUGAUGGUUGUUGUAGUGGUGGUGGUGGGGGUGGGGACGACGGUUGUGGAGAUGGUGGGGGUGGCAACAGUGGUAGCAUGGUGGUGGUGGUGGUGUUGGUUGUGGAGAUGGUGGGGGACGUGGAGGCUUUGGAGGAGGAGGUGGUUGUGGUGGUAGUGGUAGUGGUGGAGGUGGAGGUGGAGGAGGUGGUGAUGAAGGUGGAGUUGAUGGUUGUGGUAGUGGUGGUGGUGGGGAUGGCGGUUAUGAAAGUGGUGGUGGUGGGGGUAGUGGCAGCAUGA